AGAGAGAUCGCUGUCGUGAUGAAGAGGGCCAAUCUUCCCCUAUGAGGCCCAGAUCCAGCCUGGCAAACCUCCUAAAAUUACCUAAAUCGCCUUCUCCAUUGCCUAAACCAGGCGUCCGUCCCAGAGUUAAACCGCAUUGCGUCCUUGCAGAGCUAUCGUGCUCUCUGUCUCUAGAGCUUAGAAUGCAAGCAGCGUGAGAGAUCUAGGAAUCGAAGGCAUUGUUGUUGUUGAUCGAAAGAGCAGAAUGGGAGAGAAAUCGAGGUCGAAAGGUUUUUGCGGUUGGUUUUUGGUUUUGAUUGUCCUGGCUGUGGUUGUUGCCGCCAUUGUUAUCACUGUAAAGAAGAGAUCUGACAACCAUUCGGGUUCAGGUAAACCGGAACCGGUCCCCGGGCCUCCUGGCGCCAUUGAUAAGAAAUACUCCGAUGCUCUCAAAGUCGCUAUGAAAUUCUUCGAUGCGCAAAAAUCCGGUAAGUUGGUAAACAAUGAGAUAUCUUGGAGAGGGGAUUCGGGUCUUAAAGACGGAAGUGAAGCCAAAUUGGAUCUCUCAAAGGGCAUGUACGAUGCCGGGGAUCACAUGAAGUUUGGUUUUCCAAUGGCUUUUACUGCCACGGUGUUGUCUUGGGCAAUUCUCGAGUAUGGAGAUCAGAUGGAUGCAGUCAAUGAGUUGGAACCCGCUCAAGACUCCCUGAAGUGGAUCACCGACUACCUUAUCAAUGCUCAUCCUUCUGAGAAUGUGCUCUAUAUUCAGGUGGGUGAUCCAGAAGCAGACCAUAACUGUUGGAAUAGGCCUGAAGACAUGACGGGGAAGAGACCACUGGUACAAGUUAACACAUCUUCUCCAGGAACAGAGGUCGCAGCUGAAACUGCAGCAGCUAUGGCUUCGGCGUCUUUGGUGUUUAAGAAAAUUGAUUCCACAUAUUCGAGCACGCUUCUUAAGCAUGCUGAACAGUUGUUUACCUUUGCGGACAAACAUAGAGGAUCUUACAGUGUCAACAUCCCUGAAGUACAGACAUAUUACAAUUCAACUGGAUAUGGAGAUGAGCUCCUAUGGGCUGCUAGCUGGCUCUAUCACGCAACGGGGGAUGACUCAUACCUUCAAUAUGUCAGUGGCCAGAAUGGAAAAUUAUUUGCUAAAUUUGGAAGUCCAACCUGGUUUUCUUGGGAUAACAAGCUUGCUGGAACUCAGGUUUUGCUAUCCAGAUUAAGCUUCUUUGAUGGCAAAGACAAUGGUGGACUUGCAAUGUACAAGAAAACAGCUGAAGCUGUUAUGUGCGGCCUCCUACCUGAUUCACCAACAGCCACAAAAAGCAGAACUGAGAGUGGUGGUCUUAUAUGGGUCAGUGAGUGGAACUGCCUGCAGCACCCUGUUGCUUCUGCAUUUUUAGCUGCUCUUUACAGUGAUUACAUGCUUACAUCGCAGACUGCAUCGAUAUCCUGUGAUGGAGAAACCUAUAAACCAUCUGAUCUUCGAAAAUUCGCCAGAUCUCAGGCUGACUACGUACUGGGCAAGAAUCCCAUGAAAAUGAGCUUUCUUGUGGGCUAUGGGGAUAAUUAUCCACAAUUUGUGCAUCAUCGGGGAGCCUCCAUCCCAGCAGAUGAAAGUCCUGGCUGCACUGAUGGCUUCAAGUGGCUUGAUUCAACUGAUCCCAAUCCCAAUAUAGCUGAGGGAGCACUUGUGGGUGGACCCUUCCAAAAUGAAACAUACAUUGAUUCACGAAACAACUCCAUGCAAACGGAACCAAGCACAUAUAACAGUGCUGUCAUUGUUGGCCUCCUCUCAAGCCUGGUUACUACUUCUUCAGCAGUCAAAUCCUUCACCUGAAACACUCCUGGUACAUAAAGUAUUUACACAUCUGUUGUACUAUUAAUGUAUAUGUAGUCUGUGUUAAACAUAUCUUGUCAGAACACCUGCUACACGGUCGAAGGACAUGUGUCGUCUUUCGUUCAAUUAUUUUGAACUUCCAUUCGCAUCACAUGGAAUGUUGGUAUUGUUUGACUAGAUGAAUCAAGGCAUUUUGACCAACUUUUUAACUU